AGUAAAUAAGCAGAAGACAUUUGACACAAAAAGUAUUAACAUAUACAUAUUUACAUAUUUAAAUUGAAUAUUUUUUUCAUCUGGGGGAGAAGAUUUGAUAUUUUCUAAUUGCUGUCUUCUAUUUCUAGUCUUUGAGGUAGAGAAGGUUUCCUGGGAAGUUCUGCAGUCCUGGCAAUGUGUCUGCCACUGUCACCAUGUCUCAGCCACUGUCCUGCCUGAUGCUUGUCCUUCAAGAGCAGGGGCUCUCCCCUCAGAGUGCCAGAGGAGUUAACCUGCAUUUCCAUUCCAUCAACUGGGAUUUUUCACAUUUUUCAGUGAUGCUGGGAGGUGACAACAAUCACUGGAUGACAUCUAAGGAUGCUUCAGGUGAAGUUAAUAAUAACUGGAGAUGACUUCGGCUAUUGUCCUCGGAGAAACCAAGGCAUUGUGGAGUGUUUCCUGGCUGGUGCGGUGUCUAACGUGUCCCUUCUAGUCAACGGAAGUGCUGCAGCAGAUGCAGCCAAGCUGGCAAGGAGAUACAACAUCCCCAUAGGCCUGCAUGCCAACCUCUCCGAGGGCUCCCCUGUGUGUGAGGUGCUCAAGACAAACUCUUCUCUGCUCAACCAGGAUGGAUUCUUCCAUGGAAAAAUGGGAUUCAGAACAGCUCUGUCAAAAGGUCUCCUGAAUAUGUCAGAGGUGAAGCAGGAGCUAAAGGCCCAGGUGGAGCUGUUCCAAGAGCUGACAGGUCACCUGCCUCCUCACAUGGAUGGGCACCAGCACGUCCAUGUUCUCCCAGAAAGGAAAGAAGCCUCUGUGCUGACAGCUUGCAGGGGACACGAGAAGCUGCUUAUCCAACUCCUGACUGCAGUUCUGGUUUUGCUUCCAGAGGUCAGGCAUGUCUUUGCAGAGGUGUUAGAGGAAUAUGGCAUUAAGUACACACGUGUGCCCAUUGAGCCAGGCCUUCAGAACUGUGACUGGAUUCCACCAUCCCUGAUGGACUUUUACCUGGGAGUAGAAGAAGAUUCUUUUAACACAGUGGAUGUGUUUACAAAGCAUGGAAUAAGGUGGCCAGACAUUUACAUCGGCCUGAGCACCAUGGGCAGGAACAUGUCUGUGAGCAGCGUCCGCAGCGCCAUCGACAGCGCCGUGCUGCAGCUCUCGGCCGGGGCCCCGCGGAGCAGCGCCGCCAUCGAGCUGAUGGUGCACCCGGGCUACCCCAGCGUGCCCCCCGUCGGGGGCUGCGGGGAAGGACCCGACGACUUCUCACAGUCCUGGGAACGCCUCCAUGAGCUCCAGACGUUAAUUAAGCCAGAGCUGCAGAGCCAUUACAAAAGCAGGAACAUUCAGCUGUGUUCAUUCAAAGAUCUUUAAAUAAAUGAGCAGACAUCCAUCCAUCCAUCCAUCCAUCCAUCCAUCCAUCCAUCCAUCCAUCCAUCCAUCCAUCCAUCCAUCCUCUGAAGACAGGCAAUUGCUAACAUCCAGAGAAACUCACUGUUAUCAGUGUCACAGUCCCUGAACAGCUCACAGGAGCUGUGAACAGCCUGGGAAUGGACACCACCACCCUGUGAGCAGCUCCAGGCAGUACCCCAGAGCCCCAGCUGCAGUUUUAAGGCCACAACAUCUGCUCAAAAUGUGCCAAACUCCUCCUGUGACACCCCCUCCACAGUGCCCCAGUGCAGCACACGCUCCCAGGGCUCGGCUCCUGCCAGCAAAGGAGCAGCACAGGGACAGAGCUGGCUGUGACCCUGCAGCACAGCACCCUGAGGGGUCUGAGCCCUUCUCCUUUCAGACUCGACGGCAAAACAAGAGCCCUGCUGGGGAGCGGGUGCUGCUUUGGAGCCCCUCCACUCGUACCUGCUCAGUGACAGUGAGGGCUGCAGGGGCAGGUGAGGGCUGCAGGGACACGUCACCCUCAGAGCCUUCCUCUGGUCACAGCAGUCGGGUCACCUGUGGCCCAGCAGGGUCUGCAGCCACCUCCCGGAGCCGCCUCAGCCCGCAGGAAUUGUGUCUGCCUGUUUACGUUGCCUCUUGGUGUUAAGCCCCCCCGUAGCUGUAGCCCUUUUGGAGAGGCUUCUUUUUUGGAUGACUUUGCAGGAGCAGCAACUGUUGACCCAUCUUCUAUUUCAGUAACUGCUGUGUAUGAGAGCAGCAGCAACUGCUCCUGCACCACCCACUGCCCCUCAGGAAACCACGAGCACGGCUGUGAGCGGAGAAGGUCCCUGUGUUUGUCCCUUUUAUUCCUGUCACCAGAGCAUUCAAGGUCCAACAAGUACCAGUAGUGCUGUGUUAUGUUCUGAACUGCAGCCCUGUCAUUCCUGUAAGGACUUUCACAUGGGGAAAAAUUCUCUGCACAAGAGUGAUCUAUUUAACAUAAUUGGUUUUGCUAACCGUAUUUUUUAAUAUAAAAAAUAUCAGUAUCAUCAUUAUUCUUUUAAAUGAAAAAUAAACUCAGACCUUUUCUAUUGCAAAGCUUCA